CCUAAGUCCAAUAUUCCGAUUCCAAAUUAGCACGUUACGGAGGAGAUCGGUGGUGAGGGUGGCUUAACACGCACUCUAAAAUGGUGUGCCGGCAAAUCCAAUAAAAGUCUCCGCCUCAGAAAUCUCUCACUUCAUUGAUCGAUCCAAUCCAUCGAUCGAGGGAGAAAAGGACGACGACGACGACGAUGAUGCGCUGUUUCACGGUGGUCCUGCUCUUUCUCAGCAUUGCAGCGCAGCAGGUGAGAUCCGAUGCAUCUCAUCAUACCUAUAAACGCGGCGACCCCGUUCCACUCUAUGCCAAUAAGGUCGGACCUUUUCACAACCCUAGUGAAACAUAUCGUUAUUUUGACCUCCCAUUCUGUUCUCCAGGAGUGGUGAAAGAGAAAAAAGAAGCUUUUGGUGAAGUUUUGAACGGGGAUCGUCUUGUCACUGCACCUUAUAAACUCGAGUUUUUAAUUGACAAGGAUUUUGAAAGUGUGUGCCAGAAGAAGCUAGCUGCAGAAGAAGUUGCUAAGUUUCGAACUGCUGUUAUAAAGGAUUACUACUUUCAGAUGUAUUACGACGACUUACCGAUUUGGGGUUUCUUGGGGAAGGUAGACAAGGAAGGCUACAAUGAUCCAAGCAAGUACAAGUAUUACCUAUUUAAACAUUUCCAGUUUGAUAUUUUUUACAAUAAGGAUCGUGUUAUUGAGAUAACUGUAAGACCCGAUCCUAGUUUCCUUGUGGAUCUGACUGAUGAUAAGGAAGUAGGUUUAGAUUUUACCUACACUGUUAAAUGGAAAGAAACUAACACCUCGUAUGAGAGGCGAACGGACAAGUAUUCGCAGUCUUCUUCUUUGCCACGCAAUAUGGAAAUCCAUUGGUUCUCGAUAAUCAAUUCAUGCGUGACAGUAUUGCUUUUAACUGGUUUUCUUGCCACAAUUCUCAUGCGUGUUCUGAAGAAUGAUUUUGUUAAGUAUGCUCGUGAUGAGGAAGCACUUGAUGAUCAAGAGGAAACUGGAUGGAAAUACAUCCACGGUGAUGUUUUCAGAUUUCCAAAGUUUAAGUCCUUGUUUGCUGCGGCCAUUGGUUCAGGAACCCAACUAUUUACUUUGACAAUUUUCAUUUUUGUCCUUUCUCUUGUUGGAAUCUUCUAUCCAUACAACCGUGGAGCACUUUUCACUUCAUUGGUGGUCAUAUAUGCACUUACAUCUGGUAUUGCUGGUUAUACUGCAACUUCUUUCUAUUGCCAGCUAGAAGGAACAAACUGGGUUAGGAAUCUACUACUGACAGGGACAUUGUUUAGUGGGCCUCUGUUCAUCUCGUUUUGCUUCCUUAAUACUGUGGCGAUAGCCUAUAGUGCCACAGCAGCAUUGCCAUUUGGUACAAUUUUGGUGAUUCUAUUGAUAUUUACUCUUGUGACAUCACCUUUACUGGUAUUGGGUGGGAUUGCUGGAAAAAAUAGCAAACCGGUGUUUCAAGCACCCGUUCGAACAGCAAAAUAUCCUAGAGAAAUUCCAACACAACCGUGGUACAGAAGUGCCCUUCCUCAAAUGGCAAUGGCUGGUUUUCUUCCCUUCAGUGCUAUCUACAUUGAGCUUUACUACAUCUUUGCAAGUAUUUGGGGUCACAAAAUAUACACCAUAUACAGCAUCUUAUUCAUAGUCUUCAUUAUUCUUUUGAUCGUCACCGCCUUCAUAACUGUUGGUUUGACUUAUUUCCAACUUGCUGCAGAGGAUCAUCAAUGGUGGUGGAGAUCAUUCGUUUGUGGUGGAUCAACGGGUAUGUUCAUAUAUGGGUAUUGUCUGUACUAUUACUACGCCAGAUCAGAAAUGUCGGGUUUCAUGCAGACAUCGUACUUCUUUGGAUAUAUGGCUUGCAUAUGUUACGGUUUCUUCCUUAUGCUUGGGACUGUUGGUUUUCAAGCUGCUUUGUUCUUUGUUCGGCACAUUUAUCGGUCAAUUAAGUGCGAAUGAGAAGUUAUCGGUUCAAUCGAGGUAAAUGCUUAACAUUUUGAUGGGAGUUCUUGUGAAUGGAAACAAGUUAAAUGGUUCUGUUUUGAUAUAGCUAAAAUGUCAUUCAUAGUAUGGUGGUCUAAUAUAGGUUUUAUUUUUCCUUGUGUUAUAAAUUUCAAUGUAAUUUUUUUGUGUUAUUGUAAAAUGAUCAAAUUUAUAAUGAGCAAAAACUUAAGUUAUACUU